GGCUUAAACCCUCACGCACCAGAGGCAGAGACUGACGCAAGAAAAACGAAAAACCCUAACGGCCGAGUCCCGUAGACUUCAACCUCUCGCGCCAUACACCUACAGCUUCAGCUGACAUUAAUACGCUGCUGUUUCUGCUUCGAAGUACAAAUCCGGCACCGAGACAGCAUGGCGGCUACCGACGAAGAGAAGGAGGCGGCGACAACGACGGCGACGACGACGACGUUUAAGAAUUUGGGGAUAUGCGACGAAUUGGUGGAUGCUUGUGAGAAAUUGGGCUGGACAAUCCCUACCCCAAUUCAAGUCGAAUCCAUGCCUGCCGCCCUCGAAGGAAAGGACUUGAUCGCACUUGCACAAACGGGUUCGGGUAAAACCGGUGCAUUCGCGCUUCCUAUACUGCAAGAACUAAUAAAGACUCCACAAUCCUUUUUCGCUUGCGUUCUGUCUCCAACGAGAGAGCUUGCAAUUCAGAUCGCCGAGCAGUUUGAAGCUUUGGGGUCCGAGAUUGGCGUCAAGUGUGCAGUGCUUGUUGGAGGAGUGGACAUGGUGCAACAAUCUAUCAAUCUUGCAAAGCGGCCACAUGUUGUUGUUGCAACACCUGGACGCCUCAUGGAUCAUCUAUCCAACACAAAAGGAUUUUCUCUUCGCACGUUGAAAUUUUUGGUUUUAGAUGAGGCUGACAGGUUGCUUAAUGAGGACUUUGAAAAGUCAAUUGAUGAAAUUCUGAAUGAAAUCCCUCGUGAUCGGAGGACAUACUUAUUCUCUGCUACUAUGACUAAAAAGGUUCGGAAGCUGCAAAGGGCUUGCCUAAGGAACCCUGUGAAGAUUGAAGUAGCGUCUAAGUAUUCGACGGUUGACACGCUAAAGCAGCAGUAUCGUUUUCUGCCAGCCAAGUACAAGGAUUGCUAUCUUGUAUAUAUUCUGACAGAGAAGUCUCAGUGUACAACUAUGGUAUUCACCCGCACAUGCGAUGCAACACAAGUUUUGGCUUUGAUGCUUCGAAAUCUUGGCAUAAGGGCCAUCCCAAUUAGUGGUCACAUGAGCCAGUCAAAAAGGCUUGGAGCCUUAAAUAUGUUCAAGGCUGGAGAAUGUAAUGUACUUAUCUGCACUGAUGUGGCUAGUAGAGGAUUGGAUAUUCCAUCAGUGGAUAUGGUUAUUAAUUAUGACAUUCCCACAAAUUCUAAGGAUUACAUCCAUAGAGUUGGAAGGACUGCUCGUGCUGGACGAUCUGGAGUUGCAAUCUCUCUAGUGAACCAGUAUGAGUUGGAGUGGUAUAUACAGAUAGAGAAGCUUAUCGGCAAAAAGUUACCCGAAUUUUCUGCUCAAGAAGAGGAAGUCUUGCUACUGUUGGAACGUGUCGGACAGGCCAAAAGACUAGCCCAGAUGAAAAUUAAAGAGAGCGGAGGCAAGAAGAGGAAGGGGGGAAACAAUGGUGAGGAGGAGGAUAUUGACAAGUACUUAGGUCACAAAGGAGGAGGAAAGUCCGGAGGAAAGUCGAAGAAGUUCAAAAAAUCUAGAGAUUGAUUCCCCUCCAAUGCCAAGUUUUGUUCUCGAGAGAAUUUUUUGCUUUUCGGUAACUAUGUACCUCGAUUCAACAAGGUGCCACCGAAUACUUGCUUACCUUCUGUUGUUUGACGAAGGCAACAAGUAACUAGAGGACCGGCAAUGAAAUUUUUAAUCUUUUUAUGUAACAUAUCAUGCUCAACAUUUUCUUGACUGAGGGAUGAUGUUGAACAUUUGUCCCACAAUCUUUUUGGAAGUUUGAUAAACAUUGUUGAUUUAGGUUUUCAGUUAUUUAAUAUCAUCAUUUUCUAUCAUUUCUCUUA